UAGACGCUUUCUCUCAGCGAACAGCGCCUUCUGGCGCUCGACUAUGGACACUUCCCUUGAACGAACAGCGCCUUUUGGCGCCGUGCAUUUGUUUUACAUUUUGAUAUUAAUAAUUGCAUCAUCAUGGUCAUUAAUUCAUUUGUUUUCGCCGCGAUAGCUGCAUACGUUUCUUGUGCGGAUAUUUUUUCAUAUAACCGAAUACAAUUAUUCAUAAAUUUUUUCCCUAUCAUGGGUAAAUGGACAAAUAUAAUCUGUGACGAUACAGAAGAAUCAUCGGAUUCUGAACUCUCUGCAGUUUUUGGAGAAAUUGGAUACGAAGCUUGCUUCUUUUCAAAGGACGAUGUCACUUCAAGCAAUAUAUACCUUCAAAACGAAGUAGAUUUGGAAUCAAGUCGUAUGUUAUCUGCGAUUGUUAUACAGGGUAUAUCGAAGAUUUUGUAG